AUGGGGCCUCGAACCGCCCUCGUCACCGGCGCCACCGGCCUCCUCGGCCGACAGGUUGUCAAGGCCUUUGAGACGCACGAGUGGAACGUCAAGGGCACUGGAUUCUCCCGUGCAGACAACGUCUCCGUCUUCAAAGUCGACCUGGGGGGACGCAGCCGAGGUGCAGAAGCCCCCAAGUCGUGGUCCACUGUUGGUGCCGCUCAGAGGUUUCCUGACAAGGUCGACAAGGACCCGGAAGCGAGCAAGGCGCUCAACGUCGAGGCGACGCGGUCUCUUGCCAAGCUGUGCGCCGACCGCUCGGUUCUGCUCAUCUACAUCUCAACCGACUACGUCUUCUCGGGCAAGGAGGGCGAGGCGCCUUAUGAGGCCGACGCCCAGACUGGACCCACCAACCUGUACGGCCAGACGAAGCUCGACGGCGAGCUGGCUCUCCUCGACGAGUACAUGAAGGCCGGCAAGGAGGCCCUCGGCGUCGUCCUCCGCGUGCCGGUCCUCUACGGCCACGCCGACACCCCCGCCGAGAGCGCCACCAAUGUCCUGCUCGACACGCUCUGGAAGUCCCAGGAGGGUGUCAAGGUGAAGAUGGACCACUGGUCGAUCCGCUAUCCGACCAACACGGAGGACGUCGGCCGCGUCGCCCACGAUGUUGCUGUCAAGUACCUCGACACGGAGGAUACGUCGGCCCUCCCACGCAUCCUCCAGUUCUCCAGCGAGGACAAGAUGACCAAGUACGAGAUUGUGCAGACCUUCGCCGACAUCAUGGGCUUGUCCAUGGAUAACGUCGAGCCGAACACGGAGGGAAACGACCCCAGCGCCAGCGUCCAGAGACCUUACGACUGCCACUUGAGCACCAAGGCUCUUCAGGACCUCGGAAUCGAGGUGUGGACCAAUGAUUUCGUCGGAUGGUGGCGUCGUGAGGUGCACGCGUUCCGUCACUGA